UCCAUCAAACGUCAGAAAGCAGCGGCAGCCUAUAAAGCUCAUAUGAAGCCAUAUCAGCAGCUCGAAGUCGCAUAUACCUCGUUAACGUGACAGCCUGCGGUCAGCCUGCACGGAGAAUAAAACUUGAUGCUCCGAAAUAAACGACGCGAGACAAACCGCUCUAGGAGGACCAGGAGGACUGAUGGACUGAACAGAAGAAUACAGAGAGAAAGUCUUAAUAGAAAUUUGAAUCGGAUGAAUAAAUAAUGGGCGAACUUAAAUUCGGAUUUGCACAAAGAGGAGUUAGUCCACAAGUUAGUUUUUAAGCUGGAAAAGGAAAGAAUCUGAUUUAAAAAGUAGAGGCAGUUCUCUCUGUGAGCCGUCACAUUUCAGCUCCCAGAGCGAAACAAAUGCGGACAGAAAGAUGCAUCUGGGCAAAGCUCUACUGUUCGUUCUCCUCCUCAACUGCGCGACUCUGAGCUCGCCCCUGUCCACUUGUGCCACCGUGGACAUCGACCAUGUGAAGAGGAAGCGGGUCGAGGCGAUCCGGGGUCAGAUCCUCAGCAAACUUCGGCUGUCGAGCCCUCCGCACUCCCUGGGACCGAGCAAGGUACCCUAUCAGAUCCAGGCGUUAUAUAACAGCACGAAGGAGCUUCUGGAGCAGCUGGGCAGGGAUCGGAAGCAGAGCUGCGGCCAGGACAACACAGAGACGGAGUACAUCGCCAAAGAGAUAUACAAAAUCAACAUGGUGUACGGAACGCCAGACAACAAUAAUCUCCCCUGCCCUAAAAGCCUGACUUCUAAAGUUUUCCGCUUCAAUGUCUCUGAAAUGGAAAGGAACUCAACCAACCUGUUCAGAGCAGAGUUUCGAGCCCUGAGGGUGCCAAACCCCAAAGCCAUGAGGAGUGAGCAGAGGAUUGAACUCUACCAGAUUAUGAGACUAAACGAGCACAUUAGGAAGCAGCGUUUCAUUGCCGCUAAAAAUGUGCAGACCAGAGGCUCUCCUGAGUGGGUCACCUUCGAUGUGACAGAAACUGUACGAGAGUGGCUGAUAAACAAAGGAUCUAAUCUAGGUUUGGAAAUCAGUGUGCAUUGUCCCUGCCAUACCUUCAAUUCAAACGGUGACAUCAUCGACAAUGAAAAGGAAGUUCUGGAGGUGAAGUUUAGAGGUGUUGAUGGAGAUGAGGAGCAGAGUCGCUUGGAUCUGGACAACCUGAAAAAAAGUAAGCAGCAACACCCUCCUCACCUCAUCCUCAUGAUGAUCCCACCCCACCGCAUGGACACCCACUCCUCUCGCCGACGCAAAAGAGCGCUGGACACAAACUACUGCUUCUCAAACACAGAGGAGAGCUGCUGCGUUCGCCGGCUCCACAUAGAUUUCCGCCGUGAUCUGGACUGGAAGUGGAUCCAUGAGCCCAGCGGCUACGAUGCCAACUACUGCUCCGGGCCCUGCCCAUACCUGAGGAGCUCUGACACAACACACAGCUCGCUGCUGAGCCUGUACAACACUCUGAAUCCAGAGGCCUCCGCCGCCCCCUGUUGCGUUCCUCAGGACCUGGAGCCCCUCACUAUACUCUACUACUCUGGACGGACCCCUAAGGUGGAGCAGCUCUCCAACAUGAUUGUCAAGUCUUGCAAAUGUAGCUGAGAGGACACGAAAGACUGAUUGAGGGGAAGGGAUUUCAUUAGGUACAGAAGAAGAAAACCUCGUAGACUCUGAGCUGUGAUGAAUACUUAAACUGAUCCCGUGGCUUUUCUCUGUUCUGAACAAAAACUAUUUUCCUUCUUGUUCCUUGUUAAUUUUGCUGUUACAGACACUCUUCCGAAAGGCAAGUUAUUUUUAAAACCUGACCCGAAUUUAACCCCAGAUGAAUAAAAUUUAUUUUAUGGUCUAUUUUCAACUUCAAAAGUCAGAUAGUCCGCAGAGUUACAAUCUCUACAUUGUCAGCAGUGCAGCUUUAUAUUUCUGUCCUAAAUUUUAAAUCUGCUCCCCUGAGUGGUCGGAUUUCUUUCUGGCUGGGAAUUUUGUUUAAACUUUCCUUAAGUUCCCUUCUCUGUAGACAGUGAGCAUUAUCUUCAAACACAAAAGGAGAAAGGACAGACUCACUGCUGUAUCCAAAGCCAUAGCUGUGGUCUGGGGAAAGGAGAGCUGAGUGAGAAUGCCUGUUGCAUUUGCAAUGGAAAGGCAAUGAACAAAGAAAUUGAGCCAAGGUUUUCUCUUUUGGCCAGCCAGCAGCGGUGGCCCUUUUAUUUUCUGUGCAUCUAUUAGAGCGGAUGGACAGGAAAGAAGAAAAGGGGACCUGAAUUGCAGGGAAGGAUUGUGUUGGAAACUAGCCACGGGUGCGCUGCCAUUCACUGGAUGUUUUCAUUCCUAACAGGUUCAAAUUAUUAUUAUUUUUUUCUCCUCGAACAUCAAAGAAUUUACUGGAAGAGAGCAAGUGUUAUGCAACGAGCUUUUAUGAGAUUUCUUUUACAUUAAUAGCAGAUUUUGUCUGUUAUGUAACUUGUCAUAUAGUGAUUGUUUCACUAACAGAAGGGAACUGACGCGUGUCGUCAUUAUCCACAAUGAAAGCCAUUUUAUUCUGUACUAUACCUAGGAUACUGUUACAUUGUAAUUUAGAAAUAAUGUCCAACUUUUGUAUCUGUAUGUAUUAGACUAGCUUAACCUGAUGUUUGUGCCCCAGUGUGUGUCUGGCUGAUGUUGUUUAAAGGUGGGAGUUCACAGAGUUAAAUCCUGGCACUUUCGUUGCGGCAACACAAGAAAGUGUAAGUAUGCAGCUCAGAAAGUUCGAGGUGUAAAAAUAAAAACAGAGGCCACAAAAAUUUGUCCUCAGUUUAACUUUUUCUCCGGGAUGAUUGACAAUGUUAUCGGCAUUCAUAUGAGGCAGAUGUCGUGUUCAGCUUUCGAAACAGAAAAUCAGAAACAAAAUGAAACAACAGAAGCAAAACCAGGGUUGAAAGCAUUUCUACAAACCACAACAUCCAACUACAAUACUUAA